AUGAAGCUUAAAACACGCAUUUGCAAAAAAAGUUCAUUGAAAACGUCGGAAAGCACACAAGAGCGUGGCAUAAUCCAAUCCCCCAGCUAUCCGCUAAGCUGCGUGGACUGGAGCAGCAAUGAGGAGAUCUAUUUCGUCAGCGACGACCAUCAAAUCUACAAGUGGAGCGAUGUGAGUCGCGAUUCCGUGGAGGUGGCCAAGCUGCCGGAUGACUUCAUACCCACGGAUAUGCACUGGCUGCUGCUCGGGGGGCGGAGCAGUGGCGGGGGCAAGGGCAGCGAUACUCUGCUCAUUUGCAGCAACGACGGACGCUUCAUUAUACUGAACAAGAGCGCGCGGGUGGAGCGCAGCAUAUCCGCCCACACGGCGGCAAUUAGCUCCGGUCGCUGGAGUCCCGACGGCGCUGGCCUCUUGACGGCAGCCGAGGACGGGGUCGUCAAGAUCUGGUCACGUUCGGGCAUGCUGCGGUCGACAGUCAUCCAAAGCGAUGAGGCGAUACGCUGCGCUCGCUGGGCGCCCAGCUCAACGGCAAUUGCCUUCUGCCAGGGUGGUCACAUUUCUAUCAAGCCCCUGGCAGCCAAUAGCAAGUUGAUAAGGUGGCGGGCUCAUGAUGGUCUAGUUCUUUCGCUUAGCUGGUCUGGCCAGUCAAAUAUUAUAGCCUCGGGUGGCGAGGACUUUCGCUUUAAGAUCUGGGAUGCGCAGGGCGCCAAUCUGUACACUAGUGCGGCCGAGGAGUAUGCCAUUGCGAGCGUGGCCUUCAAUCCGGAAAAGGACUAUCUGCUGGUGGGCACCUUCAACAUGCUCAAGCUGUGCCACAGCACGGGCUGGUCCUACAGCAGCGCACGCUUUACAGCGCCCAGCGUGGGCUCGUUUUACACGUUGUCCUGGUCGACGGAUGGCACUCAGGUCGCCUGUGGCACCUCCACGGGUCAGAUGAUUGUGGGCUACGCCGUGGAGCAGCAGCUCAUCUCACGCAACCUAAAGGCAACAAGCACCGGCCGCAAGUGCAUCGCCUUGCAGGACAUUGCCAACGGCAGCAAAGACGUCCUCGAGUUUCCGCAGCGAGUCAUCAACUUCGCCCUGGGCUAUGGACAUCUGGUGGUGGCCACCACCCACCAGCUGCACAUAUACAACGAGAAGUACAUCAACACGCCGAUCAUAAUUGAUGGCCGCAACGAUGCGCGCGUCAUUGAAGUGGGCAAGAAGUACUUCAUGGUGCUGGAUGCCGCCUCCAUUUGGGUGUACACCUACACGGGUCGGCUGCAUCUCAAUCCUCGCUACCCGGGCUCACAGGCCCAGCUGCCGCUGCUGAACUGGCGCUCCAUAUCGCUGGGCCUGGACGUGCUCGCCAUACGGGACAACUCGGAGACAUCGCUGGUGCAUCUGUUCGAUCUCAUUCCCGGCGCCUCGCGUCAGUACGAGCCACAGUCGCUGCGCGCCAAGCAGCAGCUCGCCGAGAUCGCCGCCUGCCGGGCCGGCAGUCCGGAUGACCAGUUCAUCGCCUUCAUCGACACCAAUCGGGAGCUGUACAUCAGCGAGACACGUAAUCUCAACGGCGGGGGCACAGCUGAGCGCCUGGCCAAUGCCUCCGAUGAGAUCCACAAGAUUGGCACCCAGCUGACGGCCAUCAAGUGGGCCAGCGAGACGAACAUCUUAGUCGGCGUGCACGACUCCUGCUACAGCGUCUGGUAUUGUCCGGGCGAGGGUGCAGCCGAUCCCACAAUCAUUGCACUCACGACAAUAACACUGGACACAGCUGAGUUUGGCAAGCACGUGGCCAUCGACAGCUUUGAGGAUGCUGUGAUCACGUUUCGCUGCGCCGGCGCCCUGUUGCCAGUGAACGUGAACAUCUACUGCGAGGUGCUGCAUCGCAGCCUGCAGGAGGGGCAGUGGCAGCAGGCGUUGAAGAUCUGCCGGCUGGCGCAGCACACGAGCCUGUGGGCGACACUGGCUGCGGUGGCCACCAGGAAGCAUCAGCUGCAGCUCAGCGAGGAGGCCUACUCGGCAGCCCUGCAGAUCGACAAGGUUAGCUACCUGCAGCACCUGAAGACCCUCGCGCCCUCAAGUGCCGAGCAGAUGGCAGAGAACUCACUAAUGCUGGGCCGGCUGCUCGAGGCGGAGACCAUACUGCUGCACAAUCGCAAAUAUGGCCAGGCGGUGGCCCUGGCUCUGCGCAUGCACAGCUGGAAACGUGCACUGGAGAUUGCUCUCAAGCAUCAGGUGGAUCAGCCGGACCUGGAUCUGGUACAACGCGUGCUGGAGGAGCGACAACGGUAUCUGAAGGCCCUGCAGCGCGACGAAUGGGAUGCACUGUACCUCAGUCAUGUGGUCAAGAAUGACAAUGUUAGUGAAUAAAGAUAAAGACUUGGACAA